UCAUGCUAUUCUAAAUGGCUAUUGGCUGAGAAGGGUGGACCCAAACUAUAGUGAGGUUUUAAAUGAACAGAAUUACGUAGGGUUUUACGUGUUUUUUCACGUACCAAGUGAGUGGGUGGAUUACUGCAUGGACCUGCAAACUCUAAUUGAUUAUUUGAUAUUGGCGGCAGGAGUAAGGCUCUAUAGUCUUUUCAAUGACAAUCCGGCUUACGGCGACGAGUACUUUUUAGAGCACAUGGACAUCGUUGUUGAAGUCAAAGAAGUUAACCACUAUACUUUCCUUUUACAAAGACGGACCGAUAUAUCUUCAUUAUUAGGGGAUGGAUUCGACUUCGAUAUUAUUAAUCCCGAAAUGGCAAACCAAAAUUCACAUGCAGAAGAGGCCGAAGGAAAUGAAGUAAUGGCUGAGACGGAAAUUCAUUUUAAUAGAAGAGAUGAAAACAGAUUUCCCGCAAUUGAGGCCCCAAUUGAAGAAGAGGAAGAAGAAGAAGAAGGAGGAGGAGAAGAAGAGGAGGAAGAAGCAGAAGACGUGGAGAGAGUAAUAAAAUCGGAAAAAGUGGAAAAUUUUUUUUAA